UCAAGUGCAGCCUGAGCGCAGCGUCCCCGCCUGCGACUUUCUCUCUCAGCCUCUUUGAAGGAGUCAUGAGGAGACGGGAGUCGUCGCCCUGCUGAGACCUGCACGUCUGGGAUCUGGGGAUGCAGUGACUGUUUUCUAACUGGGAUCAUAUUUUGUGUUAAUAUAAAUCUUGAGGGAGGGAAACAAACAAUACAUUUGCGGAUAUUUGACAUAUCCAUCAAUCGGAUGCAAGCAGAGCCAGGCCCAACUUAACAAUGGGCCUCAUACCCUUGUGUAUCGUGCUCCCGGUGCUACUGGCUGUGGCUGCAGCUGCUGAGGAGAACGCAGUCAGUGAUGAGUACACCUGGCCACAGUGGACGGUGCCUCUGGUAAGAAAAAGACGCACUGUGUAUAUCAGCAGCCCCGGCUUCUCAGCACAUUCCCAACUGGAGUUAAGUGGAACCUGUGGGAUUGAGUGUCAGCGGCGCCUUCCGACACCUUCUCUGGACGACCUGGAGCAGCUCCUGUCCUACGAGACGGUCUACGAAAACGGCACGCGCACGUACACCACGGUGUCCGUGCAAGGUCUCAACGAGGUGACCGCUCAGUCCACAAACUCCUCCUCCGCUCACUCGCGACGUAAACGUGAGGUGUACGGCACCGACACCCGCUUCACCAUCUCUGAUAAGCAGUUCUCCACCAAGUAUCCCUUCUCCACCACCGUGAAGAUCUCCACAGGGUGUUCUGGGGUUCUGGUGUCACCCAAACACGUGCUCACAGCUGCUCACUGCAUCCACGAUGGGAACGAUUAUCUGAAUGGAGCGCAGAAGCUGCGCGUUGGUAUCCUGAAGGAGAAGUCCAGACGAGGCAAAGGAGGCAAAGGGAAAGGCGGACGAGGAAAGGGCAAGAGGAGAAAGGGAGACAAGGGUAAAGAGGAAGUCCAGGAGAAGGAGGAGAAUGACGGGAAAGAACAUAAAGGAAAAGGGAAAGGCAGGAAGAGCCGGAGUCGGCGAAGUGCAGAUUCAGAGAAACCUUCAUUUAGGUGGACCAGGGUCAAACAGACCCAGAUUCCUAAGGGCUGGUUCAAAGGUGUGUCUGACGGACUGGCUGCAGAUUUCGACUACGCCGUUCUCGAGCUAAAGAAAGCCCCCAAAGUCAAGCACAUGGAUCUGGGUGUUAUUCCUUCGGUUAAGAAGCUUCCAGCUGGGAGGAUCCACUUCUCCGGUUUUGAUGACGAUCGGCCUGGCAACCUGGUCUACCGGUUCUGCUCCGUGUCCGAUGAGUCCAACGAUUUACUCUAUCAGUACUGCGAUGCCAAACCCGGCUCCAGCGGCUCUGGCGUCUACGUCCGCCUCAAAGAGCCCGGCAAGAAAAAGUGGAAGAGGAAGAUCAUUGGGAUUUUCUCCGGUCACCAGUGGGUGGAUGUAAACGGGGACGGGAUGCAGCAGGAUUACAACGUGGCGGUGAGGAUAACGCCCAUCAAAUAUGCUCAGAUCUGCUACUGGGUCCACGGGGACUCAAGUGAGUGCCAGCAGGCCUAAGAGUACACAGGACUCCCACUGAACCUUACCUUUGCCCCCUUGACCCCUCCAACCUCCUCCUGUCGCCAACCAGGGGCCCGACGACUGCCUCUGUACUUCCUGUUUCCUUCCUGUUUCCUCCGAGCAGCACCUCCUCCUCCACUUCUCCACACACCCACACACUCGCUGUUGAUAACAACAGGAACUCGCAAACAACGCACCAGGAGAACUGUGGCUCUUCAGCUUUUCUAAUUUAUUUGCUAAAAAAAAAAAAAAAAGAAAGAAAAGGGACAAAAAAGUGUAUUUGUUUUUUGUGCUUUUGCGGCUCAUGAAGUUGUUAAGUUUCAAACCCGUUUUUGGAUACAAUGUUGGGAAGCGCGUUCACAUUCGUCACACAGUACAGUCCAACGUGCUCUCUACCACUGUACACGGCGAUUACGUGCAUUGGCUUUGACAAAAGACGCAGGAAAAAUAAAAGUUUUA